GAGAUACGUAAUAGAUGAACCUACAUUAAAUAAUUGUGCCAACUGGAAAACUAGAAUUAAAGAGUAGUAGGGGUCGUUCUUCUUGCUAUAUAAAGACCACCACGUCUGCCUUACGAAUAUUGAACAAAGAAUUACCCAGCCACUUUAGUUUGCAUUGUAGUUGUUGGUUCUCGAACACUGCGUGGCUUAUUUCAAUAAAAAAUAGUGCACUAACGUACUGCGUUAGUUUGUGAAUUAAAGAAGGAAACUAAAAUGGAGGCUUGCAACGAAACUGGCAAAAUAUUAACAGUGAAGAAGCAGGAACCUGUUCUAGUCCGUCCCGCCGAAAAAACAUUGGAUGGCUUGUAUCUUCUUUCCAACCUUGACCAGACAUUUCCUUAUCCCAUCGAGAUCGCGUUUGCAUACAGAAAAAGAACGGAGAAUGCUGCUGACAUUAUCAAGGAAUCACUGGCUAAGAUCUUGGUCAAGUUUCAUCCUUUCGCAGGUUGUCUCUCUGAAACUUGGGACGAGAAAAUGAUUGUGCGGUGCUCUGGGGAAGGCGUGCCAUUUGUUGAGGCAGUUUCCAAUUACACCAUCGAAGAAUUGGGUGAUAUCAGCAGGGUUGAUCCUGUGAAGUUACGACAACUCGUACACAACCUUGAUAAUGUGGAAAGCAUACUUGACGUACCUUUGUUAACGGUGCAGAUCACAAGAUUCAAAUGUGGAGGGACUGUUCUUGGCAUAGCAAUGAAGCAUGUCCUUGUUGACGGUAAAGCGUUAGCAGAUUUCUUAAAUUCUUGGGCUCAAAUAACCAAAGGCCUGCCCUUAUCUGUUGAUCCGUAUCUCGACCGGUCCAUAUUAUCUGCAAGGCAACCUCCUCGGAUUGACAUUCCCCAUCCUGAAUACGUGGGGAAAGAAAGGCCAACGAAAAAUAUGACCUUACAAAUGCAGGAACCCAUCGUAUAUCAAUCCUUCUGCUUUGAACCCAAAAAAAUUGACCAACUUAAGCUAAUGGCUAAGCAAGAUGAAUUUGCUGCACCUCCUACAAGCUUCGAAGUGAUCUCCGCGUUAAUGUGGAUAAUGAGGACCAAGGCAUUUAAGAUUGAACCGCACAAAACAACCAAGCUUCUCACUGCUGUUGACGGUAGGCCAAAAUUCAAGCCAGCACUGCCUGAAUGUUUCUUCGGCAAUGGCAUCGCUUGGUCGUGCGCCCAGUGCACGGCAGGGGAUUUGGUGCAAAAACCAUUCUCGUUUGCAGUUAAUAUAGUGCACGAGGCUAUCAAAGAGGUGACUGAAGACUAUAUAAAGUCAGCCAUAGAUUACUAUGAGUUAACAAGAGGGGGACUUGAAAUGGAGAAUACCUGCUGGAUUAGUAAAUGGAGUAGGCUGACUUUCUAUGAUCUAGAUUUCGGCUGGGGAAAGCCGCAGCAAGUUGCGCCAGCAUCAAUGGUGGACAAUUUAGUUCUCACCCUUUCUCAGGAAAAAGACAGUAAGAAUAUAAUUUUAUCCUUGGGUCUGCCUGAAUCUGUCAUGAAGGAAUUCCAGAUGCUAAUGCUGUCCGAACUCAACCGAGAAUAAGUCCAUUCUUAUGAUGCAUAAAUAAUAUGCUGUUUCUAGUUUUUCAUUUGAUUGUUGUUUUCUAUCGCUCUUUAUCACAAUAUAUAAGCUGGAGGCUGGAGCAGUAAUAUGAACUCUGGCAUAAAGAAUGCUUCAAUUCUGUGUGUGUACUUCACAUAAAUCCAGCUCUACUAUUUUCAGUGCUUGUUCUUAUAUAUGAAAUGAAAGCAUAUUGAUUUCUACUUUUUC